UGUAUUUUGGGACAGGCUGGAAAAUGGGCGAAAGGGAUUGUAGCUGACCUGAUUAGUUGGGCAAGACCUCCUGACAUCCUGGGUACAAAUAGCAGCUCCUCUCUACAGGUCUGGUCUUUCUGUGUGUGUCUCCAGUCUCAGAUCUCACAAAUAAGUUGAAUCAUCACUAUUAAGACUUUAACCAACAAUGAGCCCAAAACAUAUCAUCUUCAAGAAAAUAUCCAAGGACAAGUCGGUGGGUGUGUACCUGGGGAAGAGAGACUUUGUUGACCGUGUUGACUCUGUGGAUCCAGUGGAUGGCGUCCUUCUGGUCGACCCUGAACAGCUGAAAGGGAAGAAAGCGUAUGUCACCUUAUCCUGCACGUUUCGGUAUGGACGCGAUGACAUGGACGUGUUGGGAAUCGCGUUCAAGAGGGAAAUCUACCUGUCCACAAGGCAGAUCUACCCACCUCUGCAAGACAAAGAUCAGGGCAUUCUCACCAGAGUGCAGGAUAAACUACUGCGCAAGCUGGGUCACAAUGCCUACCCAUUUUUCUUUGAAUUCCCAGAUAACUUGCCUUGCUCAGUAGGACUGCAGCCAGCCCUAACCGAUGUUGGAAAGCAUUGUGCUGUUGAGUUUGAGGUGAAGGCCUUCUGUGCGGAGAGCCAGGACGCCAAAGUUCGCAAACGGAGCUCAGUGCGUUUGAUGAUUCGUAAGGUCCAGUAUGCUCCAGAGAAGCCAGGACCAGCACCUUGUGUGGAGACCACUCGUGACUUUCUCAUGUCUGACAAACCACUGCAUUUGGAGGCAAGCUUAGAGAAGCAGACAUACUAUCAUGGGGAACCUCUCAAUGUACGGGUCAAAAUCAGAAAUGAUUCCAACAAAAAUGUGAGGAACAUCAUUCUUUCUGCUGAACAAAUUGCCAAUGUGGUGCUGUACUCCAGUGACAGUUACAUGAAAGCAGUGGCAACUGAGGACUCCGGGGAUUCUGUUGACUCUGGUGCAAAACUGGACAAAGUCUAUUCUUUGCUUCCCCUACUGACCAAUAACAGAGAGAUGCGGGGCAUUGCACUGGAUGGAAAACUGAAGCAUGAAGACACCAAUCUAGCCUCUUCAAGCAUCAUCAAAGAGGGUGUGCUGAAAGAGGUUCUGGGGAUCCUGGUGUCUUACAGAAUCGUUGUGAAACUGAUUGUUGGGGGGAUUAUGGGAUCCAGUGAGGUUGGGGUGGAGCUUCCAUUUCAGCUUAUGCACCCGAAGCCUGAUGCAGUGAAAGAAAGUGAACUGGAGGAUGAAAUGGUGUUUGAAGAGUUUAAGCGCUCCUAUUUAAAAGGAACGAUUGAGGAUGAGGAUGAGGGAAACGUUUCUCCUGCUGAGCAAUGAAGAGCACAUGAAGAAUUCACCUAGUCCUGGAAGCUGUCACAUUAUUAAGACUGUUGAGAAUAGACAACCAUAUAGAGAAUAUUACUACAAUAGAGCAGUACACUGAACUCCUUAACACUUCUUAGAAGAUAAUGUUGUAAUUCUGAAAGAAUUCCAAGCUAGAGAUCAGCUGUACUAUGACGUGAUAUUUCCUCAGCUGCCUGAUCUUGAUGUGGUCAUGUAACUGAGAAUGAAUGGAGUGCUUCCUCUCAUCAAACUGAUGUUUGGUGAUUAUAGGCUACUGAUAAAAUAGUAAAACGUCCUAGCUGUUUUUCUAUCUGUAAUACACAUUAUUUUUGUGAUAUCUAGCAAAAUUCUUAUGUAAUACUGUAAUACACUAAAGGAAAGGAUUGUAUUGUAAUAAAAUGCUAUAGCCAGA